AUGGACGGUUCCGCGCUCCGACACCGAAAUCAAGAGCCCCCCGAGACAACCUCCCACGUCGCUCGAAAGGAUGAAGAACCCCGGUUAAAACAUGGCAUCCCCAUGCAGGUCGUCCGGUCGCUGCUCCUGGGAGCCUGGUUCAACUGCUGCUGCUUCGUCAUCUUUGCGACCCAGUUGGUCGGCGCCCCGCUGUACCUGCUCAACAAACGCUGGUAUUACUCGUACAUGGCCUCGACCAAACAAUCCUUCGGGCUGGUCAUCACCGCCCUCACCCAGUGGGGGUGUCCGACUUAUGUUCGUGUCAGUGGGGAUCACAGCGUGCGAGGUCAAAUCCACCUGGUCGAUGGACAGUUGAAAACCCAGUUCCCGGAGCGCCUCGUGAUGAUCGCCAACCACCAGGUGUAUACCGACUGGAUCUACCUCUGGUGGGUCGCCUACACGAAUGCGAUGCAUGGCCGCAUCUUUAUCAUCCUCAAGGAAUCCCUCAAGUACAUCCCCGUCGUGGGUCAGGGCAUGAUGUUCUACGGAUUCAUCUUCAUGGCCCGCAAGUGGAUCUCCGACAAGCCCCGGCUCGAGCAUCGCCUGGAGAAGCUGAAAGCGCGCCACUCCGGCUCCAAGUCCGAUUCUCCCGACUACGACCCCAUGUGGCUGCUAAUAUUCCCCGAGGGGACGAACCUGUCGCCCAACACCAAACGGCGGAGUGCCGCUUACGCCGAGAAACAGGGGUACCCGACCCCGGAGCAUGUGCUGCUCCCCCGAUCCACCGGUCUCUUCUUUUGUUUGCAACAAUUACGCGGGACGGUGGAUUGGGUGUAUGACUGCACUGUCGCCUACGAAGGUCCACCGAAAGGGAGCCUUCCCGAUAAGUAUUUCACCCUGCGCUCCACCUACGGACAGGGGAGACCUCCGACAUCGGUCAACAUGUAUUGGCGACGGUUCGCCGUGUCGGAUAUCCCGCUGGAGGACCAGGCGGAAUUCGAUACCUGGCUGCGGGAGCGAUGGUCCGAGAAGGACCUCUUGAUGGACCAAUACUUCGAAACAGGGCGGUUCCCGACCGAGCUGGCGGGCACCAUCGAAGCCGAGUCCGGGUCCGCGAAGCAAAAGGCCGUCGCGUCCGACGGAUUCGUCGAGGCCCAUGUGCGACUCGCUUCGCCGCAAAACUUGUCCUGUCCUCCCCCCUCACGAAACAUCCCCAUUUCCCCUCAUAUCUCAAAUUUCAAACAUCUUUCCGAUCGGAAUUGGACCUCCUGUCCAAACAUGGCAUCCGUAUCGAAUGGAUUCGCCAAUGGUGUCAACGGAGAUUCGCUCGCGCCGGCCAACUCCUUGGCCAACCUCCGUUUCUCUGACAUUCCCUCCGCCAUCGAUAUUCCCGCCUCCACCCUCGACAGCGAAGUCGAGGUCAGUCUAGAAGGUCUCCCCGAUGACCCCACCGAACUCUGCACCUUGCUCGAGAACGAGAAAGCCGCCAAGAAUUUCUGGGUGAUCAUCGCGCUGGCCUACGCCAAGCAGAAACAGAUCGACCACGCAAUCGAUAUCCUGAACAAGGGCCUCGCCUCGGUCGCCCAUGGCGCCACCAAGGAAAAGCUCGGCCUGUUGGGCUGGGUCUGCUGGCUGUUGAUGCUGAAGAGUCGCCAGGCGCCGCGCGUCGCGUCCGAGGGCGAACUGUACACCGAGGCGAAGACGAAAGACUACUACCUGCAGCAGGCCACGUCCACGCUGAACGAGGCCUCGCGGCUGAACCCGGCCUUCCCGCCCCUGUUCCUGGCCCGCGGUGUGCUCUCCCUCCUGCGCGCCUCGCUGCACCCCCCGAGACCGGUCCGCCCGGGCACCGUGGAUACCUCCGAGCGCGUCGAGUGCCUGCGACAGGCGCUCAAAUGCUUCGACGAGUCCUCCCGGGCCUUCGGGGGCCGCAACGUGAUGGCGAUCCUGGGUCGCGCGAGAACACAUUACAUGCUGGGGAGGUAUGCGGAGGCGCUCGAGGGCUACCAGAGGGCGUUGGUGAAGAUGCCGGGGCUGACGGACCCGGAUCCGCGGAUCGGGAUCGGGUGCUGUCUGUGGCAGCUGGGCUUCAAGGAUCAGGCCAAGGUAGCCUGGGAGCGAGCACUGGCGUUGAACCCCGAUUCCAAGGUCGCCAACAUCCUCCUUGCGGUCUACUACCUCUACGACAGCUCCCGCCACGCCACCACCGACCCGUCCUUCGGUUCCCUGUACAAGGUGGCCAUGACGCAGUACACGCAAAAGGCCUUCAAGCUAGACAAGGAAUACCCCAUGACCUGCGCCUUAUUCGGAGGGUACUUCCUCCUGCGCAAGUCCUACGCGACCGUCGAGACGCUCGCGCGCAAGUCGAUCGAACACACCGACGUCAUGCAGAUCGCCAGCGACGGAUGGUACCUCCUCGGUCGCAAGGCACACUACGAGGGCGACCUGGCGCGCGCAGCAGAGUACUACAACCGCUCGGAUCAGGCGCGCGGCGGCGGCGACCAGGGAUACCUACCGGCGAAGUUCGGCGCGGUGCAGAUGCAAGUGUCGAACAAGGACCUGGACGGGGCCAAGUUCCGACUGGAGAAGAUCGUCCAGCAGACCAAGAACCCAGAAUGCAUGCUUUUGCUGGCGGCGCUCCACGCGGAGGACGUGUUCGCGCUCCAGCGCAGCGGCUCCAAGGAGGACAAGUCGGCCGAACUCAAGAAGGCCAUCGGCCUGCUGGAGUCGGUGCGCAGCCUGUGGAAGGACGACGCGAAGAAGAUCGCGCCGGACGAGUCCGUCUUGGUGUACCUGGCGCGUCUGUACGAGCAGACGGCGCCUGAGAAGAGCAUGCAGUGUCUCUCCCAGCUGGAGGAGAUGCAGCUAGCGGAGAUGGGCGACGACGAGCGGCCGGAGGGCAUGGAAGACGACGACGCCGAGGCGCUCCGGACGGCCCUCCGCGCCAAUCUCCCCCCGCAGCUGCUCAACAACAUGGGCUGCUUCCUGUACCAGUCCGAGCGGGUAGACGCCGCACGGGCGACCUUCCAAGCGGCGCUCAGCGCCUGCGUGCGCUCGCAGGAGAAAUCAAGCGACCUCGACACCGACGCCCUGGUCACAACAAUCAGCUACAACCUCGGCCGCACCUACGAAGCAGCCGACAUGCCCGACGAGGCCAAGAAGGUGUACGCGGGGCUCCUCGAGCGACACAGCGACUACACCGAGGCCAACGCGCGCCUCACCUACAUCGCCCUCCGCCAGAGCCCCACGGACGAGGGGCCCAAGCGCAUGGGCAAGCUCUACGAAGCAGACUCCACCAACCUCGAAGUGCGCGCGCUCUUCGGCUGGUACCUCAGCAAAUCCAAGAAGCGGACCGCGAACCUCGCCGAAGACCCCGAGCAGCGCCACUACAAGCACACGCUGCAGUACUUCGACAAGCACGACCGGUACUCGCUGACCGGCAUGGGCAACGUGCACCUGCUGACCGCGCGCGACAUGCGGCGCGAGACGGACACGGAGCGGGAAAAGCGGCGGCGGAUGUACGAGCGCGCAGUGGAGUUCUUCGACAAGGCGCUGCAGCUGGACGGGCGCAACGCCUACGCCGCGCAGGGCAUCGGCAUCGCGCUCGUCGACGACCGCAAGGACUACAGCGCGGCCGUGCAGAUCUUCUCCAAGAUCCGCGACACGCUGCGCGACGCCAGCGUCUACCUGAACCUGGGGCACGUGUACGCGGAACUCCGGCAGUACACGCGGUCGAUCGAGCACUACGAGGCGGCUCUCUCCAAGGACCGCGCGCGCGACGCGCAGAUCCUCGCCUGCCUGGGCCGAGUAUGGCUCCUACGGGGGAAGCAAGAGGCGAGCCUGUCGGCGAUGCAGACCGCGCUGGAGUACGCGCGCCGGGCGCACUCGGUUGCACCGGGGCAAGUGCACCUGGAGUUCAACGUCGCGUUCGUGCAAAACCAGAUCGCGUCGCUCGCCUACGGACUGGGCGAAACACAACGCACCGUGGCAGACCUCGAGGCCGCAGCGGAGGGACUCCGCCAGGCGGUCGAGACCUUCGGCCGGCUCGCCGCAGGGAAGAACCCGCCCUACCCGGCAGGCGCGCUCGAGCAGCGCGCCAACAUGGGCAAGACGAUCAACAAGCAGCUGGAGCGAGCCCUCCAGAGCCAACGGACCUACGAGGAGCAGAACGCCGCCAAGCUACAGCAGGCGCGGGCGGCGCGGGAGGCGGAGCUCGCGCGCCGGGCCGAAGCCGUCAAGCAGGCGCAGGCGGUGGAACAAGAGCGAAAGCAGAAGGUCGCCGCAGAGCGGCAGCAGCUGAUCGAGGACGCGCAGCGGCUGGCGGAGCAGCGGGCGGCGGACGAUCACGCGCGGGAGCAAGCGGAGCUGACGACGGACGAGGAGACGGGCGACCGGGUCAAGCGUCGGAAGAAGGCGUCUGGCGGGGGAGGAGGUGGUGGUGGUGGGGCGUCGUCGAAGCGCAAGAAGCGGUCGCAGCGACGGGAUACGGACGGGGACUCGUUCGUCAGUGAUGGGGAGGAGGGAGCUGUGGGGGGUGGUGAUAGCUCGGGCGGGGAGAGUGGAGGGGAGGCGGCGCCGAAGAAGCGACGUCGGUUGGAGCGUCGAUCGGGCGGGAAGGCGUCGAGCAAGUAUAAGAGUAGUGAGAUGGUUGUGGAUUCGGAUGAGGAGGAGGAUGGGGGCGGAAGCCCGGCGGGGUCGGACGGGGACGAGGAGAUGCGCGAUGGGGGGGAGGAUGAUAGGGAGGAGGAGCAGGAGCAGGAAGUGGUGCAACGCCGACGGGCGAAACAGAAAGCCCGACGGAUUGCGGACGACGAUGAGGAGGAGGAAGACGAAGGGGAGGAGGGGACGGGGGCCACGACGGGAGGAGGAGGAGAGGUCGGGGGCCACGAAGGGGGGCAGGAAAGUGGGGAUGACGAAGAACACGAGGAUGACGGGCUGUUUUGA